ACAUUGUAGACUGGGGAGUAGCGAGUCGUCGGGACCAAGCAUAAGAUGGCUAUGAAUGUUAGUCUGGACCCCAGUAACCCUGAUGACAAGUGCAGUCGCUACGAUGUUUUGUCCUGGAUCAAUGAAACGUUAGAGACUAAUUUUACUCAAGUGGAGCAAUGUCGCUCAGGUGCGUGUUUUUGCCAGCUUAUGGACUUGCUCUUCCCAGGGUCCAUCGACAUGAGCAAAGUAAAGUUUGAGUCCCAAAAGAGAUCUGAUUUUAAACACAACUACAAUCUUCUGGAGACGGCUUUUCGAAAAUCAGGCAUAAAACAGACUGUCCCAGUGAAGCAGCUUCUCACAGGAAAGUUUAGACCCAAUUUCACCUUUCUGAAAUGGUUCAGGAAAUUUUUCUUUGCCAAUGAGAGGCAAGGGAGAGAGUACAACCCAGUUGAAGCUCGUAAUGGUCAGGAUAUUGUACAGAUAGAUGAACCUGUUAAGUCUCCAAGAUCCUGGAAAAAUGCACGAGAAUCUGGAAGAGUAAGAGACAAGUCUGACAAAGACAUGGAAUUAAAUGGAACGAGACGACCUUUGACUUACGAUUCUAAAUGGGAAAGAUCCUUCAAGUGGAUCAGAGCCAGUCAUAGGGGAGACAACUGUGCUUACUGCACUUUGUGUGACCACAAUAUCAUUCUACACGCAGGUUUUUUUGAUCUGAAGCAACACCAGCAGACUCAGAAGCAUAUGAAAAAUGAGAUGGGAGAAUUAAAUUCAUCUGGCACAAAAUAUAUUAAAAACUCUCUUUCCUGUAGUGAAACCAUGCUUCUUUUUAUUCAAAACCAUUGCCUCUCCAGUUUACCCUCAAAUAUUAGCAAGGUCUCCCAACGUACUGCAAACUAUAUCCUCGGCCUAAAUUAUCCAAUUGAUAUAGUUUCUGCUUGUAAGAUGAAUCCGUACUGUAUUUACAUAUAUGGGCAGGUGCCGCUUUAUGCUGAAAGCAGAGAAAGCACCUCCUGUCAUGUGGUGCUAGUGGGCUUUUUUGAGGAAAAGCAAGCAAGGUAUUGUAUCCGUCUCCUUGAUGUCUUUCAGGCUGAAGAUGGUAGCUCUGUAUCUGGAUGUUUAGUUAAUGUUCUCCAAAAAUUUGAGCUUCCUGCUGGCAACAUGGUAGCUUUCUACAUUAAUGACUCGGAACAGACCUCAGGAAGUGUUGUGUCGCAGAUUCAGGAGCUCAAUCCAAAGGUGAUUGAUCUCGGAGGACUUUACAGCAUGCCUGACUCUGCCUGCAGUUCUGGCCUACAAACGCAGUCCAAUCAGGUUCAUGAACUUAUUGCCAACAUCUAUGAACACUUCUCAACUUGUUCCACCAGCAAUGACAAACUCAAGAUGCUGUUUGCAGACAUUGAAGGAUUAAAAGACAUCAGGGCUUCCCUCUCACACAGUUGUGAGGAGUUUUGUGUGCUUGUUCAAAGGAUGCUUGAAAUGUGGAGUGAUUUGCUAUCGUACUUCGCUUCCUGCAAUGAAAAUAGAGAUAAAACUAAGCAAAUUUGUUUGCAGUUGGAGAAUCCUAAAAUUAGGAUCACCUUGAUGUUUCUGGAUCAUGCUCUUGGACCACUUCGUGCCUUUGAGCAGCACCUGCAACAAAGCAAAUGCUCUGUUCGUGCCAAUCUGGUCCAGAUCCUUCGAGAAGCAAGUGGACUCCUACGUUCGUAUGCCUCCAGCUUUCUUUGCCCUCAAGCGGUCAUACGAUACUUGAAGGAACGAGACCCAGCCAUCCUGGAGAACUCAACAUUCUGCCUUCCUGCUACUGAGCUUAGUCUGGGUGGUGCAGUAGAAGACUUCAUCUCAGCCAGAGAAGAAGAGCUAGCAGAUUCCAUUAAUGUGUUUCAUACUGAGUGUUUAGCUUUCUACAAAACUCUUACGACCUCCAUCGCUGAUAGUCUACCUCUAAGUGAUAGUGUCCUGAGGGGCAUUUCACAACUCCUCAGCCCAGCAGGAAGAUUGAAGGUCACAGGAAAGAGUAUCGUUGAUCUUGCUGUACAGUUUGACAUCUGCUCCAAACCAGAAGAUUCUGCUAAGCUGACAGAUGAGUUCUUGGAGUACCAGCUUGUAGAGGAUGAAGACGACUCCUCUUCAACCCUUUCCCUGGAACAAUACUGGUGUAAUGUGCUAAAGACCUUUCCAGCAGAAUCCAUCUUCAAGAGGCUUGUCCUCUGUUUUUUGGUUAUGCCCUGUCCAUCUCUUGAAGCAGAAAAUAUAUUUGCACAGGCUGUUGAAAAUGGAGAUGUUGCUCAUUGGGAAGACAGUUCAGGGGAAAGUGACACAGAUUUGACAAAAGACCUGGAUUCCAAUGAUGACUCUUCUUUAGACCAUGCUGAAGUCAUGAUUUCACCUAUCAGAAAUGGGCAAAUGAAAAAUAGCAGAGAGAUGGUUCAACACUCAGACACAGUGAAGCCAUGUGUGGUGCGACUGGAGAAGAUCACAAGUCAGAGAGAAAUGAACUUGAAAGAUGGAGCCGAUGAUGAUAUCUGGACUAGUAGCGCAAUGCAUGAGGCCUCCGUUAGGGGAAUAUAUGGUUGGGAGAGCAGCUUACGGCAGAAACCACAGGAACGUACAGUCUUUCAGGCUGGUACAGGCACCUGGAGCAAACCGGUGAACCCAGACAAGGACUGCAAACCAGAGGUGGUUAAGAACAAUUCUCGUUCAUCUGCAUCAAAUUCACCAAGCCCCAAAUCUGGAAAGAGAGAACAAGCAUACCACGAUGGAAAAGGUUAUGCCAUUGGAGAGCUUGUGUGGGGAAAAGUAAAGGGCUUCUCUUGGUGGCCUGGACUGGUGGUGGUGUGGAAGGGCAGAGUGCUUCCUGUGUCUAUGAGGCGCGUUGAGUGGUUUGGAGAUGGCAUGUUUUCAGAGAUUCAUACAGAGGGACUGCUGCCCUUCGCUGCAUUUGCAAAGUGCUUUUGUACUAAAUCCUAUGAAGGUCUGCCCACCUACAAGAAUGCCAUCUACCAAAUCCUAGAGUUGGCAGCAGAGCGCUGUGGGAAGAAUUUCCUCCCCUCUAAGAAAAAAGGGGAAGAGGUUAAGGCAAUGCUGGAUUGGGCUUUUGGAGGCUUCAAGCCCACGGGUCCUGAUGGAUUUUUGCCUCCUGUGGACAGCUCUACCAGUAAAACUGAGUCGGAUUCGUCUGUGUCUGAUUAUCAGCCUCCAGCCAAGAGGAAGUAUGUCAUUAAGAACAGACAGUCAGUUCAGGAUUACACCCGAGAUCAAAUGGUCCAUGAGGUAACCGUUAAAGGCAGAAACAUUGAAGAUUUCUGUCUGUCCUGUGGAUCUGCCAACACUGAAAUUUUCCAUCCCCUUUUUAAGGGAAGCCUUUGUUUUAAAUGCAAGGAGAACUUUACAGAAACACUGUACAGGUAUGAUGAAGAUGGAUAUCAGUCAUACUGCACCGUGUGCUGCGCCGGACUAGAGGUCAUUCUCUGUGGAAAUGCCAGCUGCUGCAGGUGUUUCUGUAAAGACUGUUUGAAUACGUUGGUGGGACCAGAGACAUUUGAUAAGCUGAAGGAGGUUGACCCAUGGAGCUGUUACAUUUGCCUGCCCUCUAAGUGCUACGGUGUACUCAAGCUCAGGCCUGAUUGGAGUGUUCGUGUCCAGGAGUAUUUUGCCAAUAACAGUGCCUUUGAAUUUGUGAGUUUUAUUCUUAUACUCCUAAAGCUAACAUCCGCCGAAAGAAACUAUGAUGUCGGCAAUAAAGAACUGUUAUCCAUGAAGGCAGCGAUUGAAGAGUGGCAGCACUGGCUCGAAGGUGCGACAAACCCCUUUCAAGUCAUCACCAACCAUCGCAAACUUGAAUAUAUAAAGGGUAAAGCUCGCUGGGCACUCUUCUUUACCCGGUUUCAUUUCACUGUCAUGUACCGGCCGGGCAGCAAAAAUGGUAAGGUGGACGCCCUAUCAAGAUGCCAUGAUCGUCAGUCCGAAUCUCGAUCAGGAACCCAUUCUCCCCCCAUCCAUCAUCCUUGCUCCAUGAACUGGGACAUCAUGGAAGACAUCCAAAGAGAGCAACAACAAGAACCACCCCCGCUAAAUGUCCUCCAGAUAAGAAGCAUCUCCCGAACUGUAAUACGAAUCAUCCAAAAUGCCUUCUGGUGGCUCAACAUGAUUCAAAGCAUCUCUUCCUUUGUCAAAUCAUGCUCUAUCUAUGCUCAAUCCAAAACCUCCAAGGAAUUACCCUUUGGUCUGCUUCAACCAUUUCCCAUCCCUCAACAACCCCGGUCUCACCUGUCCAUUGACUUUUUCACGGGUCUUCACAAUUCCAAUAACUUCACCACUAUCCUUGUCAUUAUCGAUCGCUUCUUGAAAUCAUGCCGCCUGAUGCCACUAAAAGGACUCCCUACUGCCAUGGAAAUAGCAUUGGCAUUGUUCCAUAAUGUCUUCAGAGUCUAUGGUCUGCCUGAGGAUAUAGUCAGUGGGACCCAAUUUACGUCACAAGUAUGGAAAGCCUUCUGCAAACAACUGGAUAUCAACAUAAGUCUGACUUCAGGAUAUCACCCACAGUCAAACGGCCAGGUCGAACGUCUGAAUCAGGAGAUUGGUAGAGUUUCUACCAUGGGCCGAAUACGCUCAGAAUUCGCUCACCCAUUCCUCUACCGGACUCACCCCAUUCCAGAGAGCUUUCAACGGUGCCUGCAGUGGAUGACUGGAUACACCAUAGUGAGAGGGUUUGGGUCAGCGUUCAUGUUCGUCUCCAGUGGGCGGUACGGAAGCAGGAAAUCCACGCCAACAAACAUCGGCACCCACAUCCUCCCUACCAACCAAGACAAGGGGUCUGGCUCUCCACCAGAGAAAUAA